GACAUCGUUUCGAAAGGGAGACGAACGCGUUAGCACUUCUCUUCUCGUCGGAGCUGGGAGAGUCGACAAAAGACAGAGAGAUAAUCACGAGGAAGGAGGAGCAAAGACUGAGAAAUGGAAGACGCUAAUUUUCCUGUGCGCCAUAGAAAGUUUUCAUUAGAAAGAAAGGGAAACAAGACAGAGGUUGUGAUAUGCAGCUAUGAAGACCAUAUCCUUGUCAUAGCAACACAGAUUGGAGCCAUGGGAACUAUACUGCACGCUAGGAAGGAAGAAGGGAUGUCUGUUGAACCGACAUUCAGUGUCUCAGUGAUAUUCGGAAAGCGUGAUGAGCCAAUGCUGAUAGCAACUGCUCGAAGACUCAUUGACCACAUAAGUUCUUUUGUUCCCUCGAAGCCUCUGGUUCUCUCACUUGGUCUCAAAGAUCAUUCUCCGGAGACGUUGAAGGAAAUAGUAGCGGCUGUGAUAGAGAAUCGCCUUUGGUAAUACAUUUUUAUGAUAAACGAGAAGUAAGAGGACGUGUGACUUUCACCCUUGCCUUGGUUAAUAUUUUUUGCCGAGAAUUUGUCCUUUUUCUUAGUUUCUUAAUCCAUAAGAGACCUUAUUACUGAACU